CACCGUUUCAACAACAAUACCAGAAAACCCUCGGGCCUUACUGUUUGUUGCCCCGCAUGGGAGAACAAUGGAGAAGUGGCGAAACAUUGACAGAUCAAGUAUCAUCUCACUCUUCGUAUGCCGCCCCUAUGCAGAUUGGCACGGUCCAUUCAGGGAAUCCCAUAUCCAGUAGGACAAUAGCCUUGCCAUUGGGCCCGGCGGUCCAAGCGUACUGGGUUGCCGGGAUCAAGGGUGGUCUGCUUUCACUACCGCCAGCCUCGGGCAGUUUACUUAUACCGGUCACAGAGUCCAGCACCCUCCAGAUCCACAUCUCCACAGCAAUUGCCACCGCCCGUCGUGGCUCAGUAUUAUACAGCUAUCAGGGAAUAGCCAGCACGAAUGCCCUUGCCACACACGAUGAUUCCUUUACUCGCCAUCGUCGCCUUGAUGGUAACGAAGACCGCCAGCCUUCUCGGUACUGCUUUGUUGUCAGACUCUGACCCCGCCGACACCUCGUUCUUGCUCGACACCUCGACAGCCCACAGCUCGGCUUUCGAAUCCAUCUUGCCUUGUCUUGCGAUGGGAAUGUUUCUUGCUUUCAUCCUGUCCUAUCACUAUAGAUGUGAUUGCGCGCCGGCCAUGUCAUCCAUCCCAAGUAAUGGAGACGUUGUGCCACACACGGGCGAACAGAGCUCUCCUGACUCUUUGGUGUCAAUUAGUUCUAGGGGCGCUUCUACCAGAUUGUCCCCGCCUUCUACCGCCCCUCCACAAGUCAGAUCACCAUCUGCCAGAAGACACAUGGCGCAGUCCUCUAGUAGCCCGGCGAUGUCCCCAAAGGUUUAUGGGUGCCCGGAAGAAUGCAGAGAAGUCGGACAGGCUCCGGAGAGGAGACCCGCCCCCCGCCGCCUCAGUCGUCCUCUGGAAUCUUGCGCCCUCCCAGACUUCUUCGUCACGCUUGGGAAACUCUUUCACCGAGGCCCCUGUGUAUCUACCACCGUGAGCCGCCAUCGCGACAAACGACAUCCCGUCAACUAUCCCUGUCAACAUUGCUGGCAAUAUGCGCAAGUACCCAGGCCAGCUACAGUCACCGCCUUCCCCGUGCAUUGGGAUGGCGGGAGGGGACUCUGGGAAAGACAGGCUUAUGAUCCGCUGGCAAGUCCGCAACAGUGGCCAAGAAGGGUUGGGCCUUCUGCGGCUGCAAUGGAUCUACCGGGGGUCCGUGCAGCUUGGGGUUUACCGGUGGAUGGCGUACCUGCCUCUGCAAGUGCCGAAUCAAGGCAUCUAGCCUCCUCCAGCUCUCUCGAAAGAGGCGUACGACCGGCCGCGCCCGAGAUGAUGGCUGAAACCCAAAGGAGGGCUAGAAUGCUUGCAAAUGAUGUGUUCGUUGGUACCAGGGGCAAUGAUCUGUCGAGUGAUCUUAACGCCGCUGCGGAUACUUCCCACUACCCUGAUCACCCAAGUGUCGAAGCGCAGGGGUAUGACGGGGACGACGACCAAGAGGUGGUCGGUGCCGACGACUCUGGAUACGCCGAACGAGACUCGACAGGAUCUGGGUCUCAGGAAGGCUCAACAGACAGGGACAGUGAAGCCUCGCCAGAGUCAAAGCCUCGGCGAAAGACAGCGAGGGGCUGUAGGUCCGGGAAGAAGGUGAAAGAGAAGCGAGAACAGCGUCGGCAAGAAGAGGAUCGUCGAAGGCUUUUGGCGAGGAGAGCUUUACUCGAGCGUCAACUUGUUGGUACUCACGAUCAUGCUGCUGUCGGGGGUGCAAUGCCUCAUCCAGGUGCUGGACAUGGUCUACCCCAGCGCCCCCCUCCAUUGUAUCCUUUCCCACGUCAGAUCUCACCUCACCGGCCAGGUGCCUCGCAUCAACCGUCUCAGCCGACCCAUCAGUCACCCCAGCUAAGAUAGAGAGCGCGAUCGUCAUAGCUACCCGUGUUUGUAUUCGUGUACCAAUUA